GUGGCCCUCGAGUUUCACUUUUCGCGCAUCACAACCGCGGUCGCCAUCAACUACCUCGACCGGUACCUCUCGCAGCACGCGUCGACGCCGCACCGGCUGCAGCUCGUGGGCCUCGUCGCGAUCCUCAUCGCGUCCAAGUUCCACGAGAAGGACGGCAUCUCCAUGGACGAAGCCAAGGAAAUUGCGGCCAACGUCUUUACCGUCGAGGACAUUACGCGCAUGGAGGCCAACAUGCUAUCGGCGCUCCAAUGGAAGCUGCAUGCGGUCGUGCCCGCCAUGUACAUCGACACGUUUCUGCAGGACCUCCAGCAAACGCGGCUCGUAUCGCCGAUCUGCGCCGACAUCACCGCCGUCCACCACACUGCGUACAGCCAGCUCGGGUUUUUGCCGUCCAUUGCGGCGAUCGCGAUCACGCACCUCGCGUACGACGUGCACGGGCUCUCGAAGGCGCCUUUGGAUGCGUACUUGAAGCGCAUGGACAUGGACUCCGAAAGCGACGACGUCGCAGAGUGCCAGCGCCAACUGCGCAUGCUUCUUCCCGCACACCUGUGGAAAACGAAGAAGCGAGACCGGUCGCCGAGCCCGUCCGGCGUCGACGAGGUGCUUCAUAGCCCCGAGCCCGACGACGACGAUGAGUCUGUCGUACCAGAGGCGAAGCGGGCAAAGACCAGCUAG